CCAAAAAAAAAAAAAAAAAAAAAAAACACUCCUGCAGUAAAAGCAAUUUUGAACAUUGUUUUUCUUUUGUCUCUACUAAAAUUAAACCCUUAGCAUACAUGUUGACGAACGUUUAGUUCGAAAAAUAAUACUUUUGUUCCUAAUUGCAUUUCUUGAGUAUAAUUUUCUUUAAAAAACUACUCUUUAACAGAAGAAAAAUCACCACAAUAAUAAUUGGACUAAUUAAAUGGGGAUACAGUUGUAUUAAUUGGCCUCUUGUAUGUAAUGGAUCAUUGGCUGAUGACUCUAUAGUAAAACUUGAAUCAGCAAGCGCAAUAAUAAUUGAAAAGACUCUUUCAAUCAUCUUAAGGGAAUUUGCAUGUUCCAUCAUGACUGGUAGCAUUGUGGAAAAUGAUGAAGCAAAGCCAUUGGGAAGAUGGUCUGUUCUAGCAUAUGGUGUAGGGCAUGUGCUUAAUGACAUAACAUCUACCUAUUGGAACACUUACCUCUUGCUCUAUUUGACCAGUAUUGGAGUGCCUCCAAAACAAGUUGCAGCACUUGCAAUUACAGGGCAAUUCACAGAUGCAAUAAUGACCAUAAUUGCAGGAGAACUGAUAGACAGAUUUGGACAUUUCAAAAUAUGGCAUGCUGUGGGGACUGUUCUUGUCUCUGUUGCAUUUUCUUCAUUUUAUUGGGGCGUUUGCGUUCCUUGCAAAAUUAUUGGGAUAGAUACACCUCUUAUGCAAAUGUUUGGAUAUUAUAUGUUUGAUAUACUCUUCAGUGGUGGAUGGUCUUGUACUCAAGUAUCACAUAUGGCAAUGGUGAAUGGCAUUACCUUGGAUCAAACAAGCAGAGUGGCAUGUGUUAGCUGUCGUAAUGCCUUCACAAUGGUUGCAAGCCUAAUCGUAUAUGGAGUUGGAUUUUUCAUCUUCAACUCAUCCGUGAAACAAGUUGAAAUCAAGGAGCAGUACCACUUGUUGGCAUUUAUCACAGUUUUGAUCGGGUGCUGCUUUGUAAUUAUAUUUCAUCUUGGAACUAAAGAGCCUAGGGUGAAACAAGUAUCUCACAAGACAAAUCCCCGCGGUUCUUCUUGGAAGCGAUGGUUGAAAAAUGGCCUGUAUUAUAGAGUAGCUUGUAUUUAUAUGUUAACGAGAGUUGUAACGAAUAUAUCACAGGUGUUUCUUGCUCUCUAUGUAAUUAGUGAUCUACACAUGAGUCAAUCUUCCAAGGCUUUGGUUCCAGCCAUCAUCUAUUUGUGCAGCUUUGUUACGUCUGUCGUACUCCAGGAGCUUGAAUGGAGUAGUAACAGGUUGAAGGCCAUCUUUUCAGUAGGAGGCCUCCUGUGGCUAUUUUCUGGUGCAGUAGUACUCUCCCUACCGAUUAAUAUGAACAGUUUAAUGUACAUCUUGUCCGUGGUUAUUGGAAUCGCCAAUACCUUCAUGAUGGUAACCUCAGUAGGCAUGGAAAGUGAGCUAGUUGAUAAAGAAGUUGAGGGAUCUGCUUUUGUAUAUGGAUCAUUAGGCUUUGUGGAGAAAGUAUUGUGUGGGAUAAUGCUGUACAUUCUAGAGUCAAAAGAGACUGUAACACCAGCAUCCUGCAAUCCAGCAUAUCCUUGUUUCACAGUUACGCGAUUUUCAUUGGGAUUCAUACCGGGAGUUGCUGCAUUAGCUGGAGUCAUUGUUACAUGUUUUACAAAGUUCAGAACUUCACAUCCAGAGCCCUUGGCAGAACCUUUGUUGGCAUAGCUUUCAGAAAGAUUGAAGUUGCCAAUUGUAGAUUAAUUGAGGCAAAUAUGGUUGAUUGGUUGAAGUUGCAUGUGCACAUGUUCAGUAUAGUAAUAAGCCAUAAGCUCUAUAUUGCUUUGUACAUCAGUUUAUGCAAAUCCUAUAUGUGCUCAAUUGUAUAUAGGUCAAGCAAUGUUGUAAUUGUACACAUGUGAAACUGUUGUUAGGAACUCUUGCACUUUUGAGGGAAGCAGAUUGAGCCACACACAUUUAUCACUGGGGAAUGAUAAUUUUCAAAAUUAAAUCAAGUUUUGGUCUUCAAAUUUCCCUCUUUUCCAUAUAUUAAGUGGAUGGAGGAGAAGUGAAUUUUCAUGUAACUGUGUAACCAAGAAUGAUAGAGCCCAUAGAGGAGACACAUCCUUAGUUUGAGACAUUCAUCAAAUAGAUGUACCUCUACAUGGACCUAACAAGCAAUGUUAAAUAUUGUUGAGUUACAAACAUGAGUCCCAAAAUGGAGACUAAGGUAUCCCAUAUUUGGUAUAUAUGAAUGUAGAGAAUAAG